UCCAGCUGCGCUCGGACUUUGGGGAAAGAAGAGAGUUUCCUUUCCCUGGCGAGGUGUGAUGAGAACAGACUAAUAUAAAAAUUGAAAAUUUGUAUCUUUUGCUGGAUAUUGGAAGUUGAAUGUAAUGGCAGCAGAAUUUAUAAAGAGUUGCUGUAGAGGAUGUUUCUAUGGUGAAACAGAAAAGGAUAACUUUUCUGUGGAAAGAGACUUUAAGGCAGCAGUCUCAAAUAGUCAAAGUACUACUGUCUGUAAACCUCCAUUGACUUCUGUUUCUGUAAAGCCUCAGGUUGGCUGUACAGAGGAUUAUUUGCUUUCCAAAUUACCAUCUGAUAGGAAACAAGUACCGUUCGUGGUGCCCAAGUUUAAGUUAUCUUAUAUUCAACCCAGGAUACAAGGAACUCCAUCACAUCUGGAAGAACUUGAAGGAUCUGCCAGAGCCUCUUUUGGGGAUCGAAAGGUAGAACUUUCCGGUUCAUCCCAGCAUGGACCCAGCUAUGAUGUAUAUAACCCAUUGUACAUAUACCGGCACUUUUCACCUGAUUUGAGUCGGCGCUUUCCUCCUCGUUCAGAAGCAACGAGACCAUAUGGAUCAGUUUGUGAUUUAAGGACCAGCAAACUUCCUGGUUCCCCUGGGCUAAGCAAAUCUAUGUUUGAUCUUACAAGUUUAUCUCAGCGAUUCAUCCAGAGACAUGAUUCAUUGUCCAGUGUACCCAGUAGUUCUUCCUCAAGGAAAAAUUCUCAGGGGAGUAACAGAAGCCUGGAUACAAUUACCCUAUCAGGAGAUGAAAGAGAUUUUGGGAGACUGAAUGUGAAAUUGUUUUAUAAUUCUUCAGUAGAGCAGAUCUGGAUCACAGUUUUACAGUGCACAGAUUUAAGUUGGCCCUCUAUCUAUGGAGACACUCCUACUAUUUCUAUAAAAGGAACACUAACAUUGCCUAAACAAGUGCAUUUCAAGUCUUCAGCCAAGGAAGUUUCCAGCAACAUACAACUUUUUAGAAAUUAUUUUUACAGUAUACAUCAAAACCUUAAAAUAUUUAUACAUUUUAACAUACUAACCUGCCACUCAGGGAGAAGGUAGAAUGGAGAAUGCUCACUAUCGCUCAGAACUCUUAGCACACAAGAAAUGGAUUACUCUUUGGAUAUAAUACCACCUUCAAAAAUUUCUGUUUGCCAUGCAGAGCUGGAACUGGGGACUUGUUUUCAAGCAGUAAAUAGCAGGAUUCAGUUACAAAUUCUUGAGGCACAGUACCUUCCAAGCUCAUCAACACCUCUGACUUUGAGUUUUUUUGUAAAGGCUGCAAUGUUUAGCUCAGGAGAAUUGAUUUAUAAGAAGAAGACACGCUUACUGAAGGCCUCUAGUGGAAGAGUUAAGUGGGGAGAGACUAUGAUUUUUCCACUUAUACAGAAUGAGAAAGAAAUUGUUUUUCUCAUUAAGCUUUACAGUCGAAGCUCUGUAAGAAGAAAACACUUUGUGGGCCAGAUUUGGAUAAGUGAAAACAGUAAUAACAUUGAAGCAGCGAAUCAAUGGAAAGAGACAGUUACAAAUCCAGAAAAGGUUGUUAUCAAGUGGCACAAAUUAAAUCCAUCUUGAAGACAUCACACAUUAAUUUGGCAAAAGAACUUUACAUUCUUUUAGAAGAUUUAUGAUAUCAAUUUGCUACCAGUGAGAAAAGACAAAUCAGUACAUUUGUUUGUUUAAGGCUGCCGUAAUUAUAAUAUAUAGUGGAUCCAAGAGAAGACUAAAACGAUAAAAAAUGUAAUGAAUUUUAUCAGAUAUCCAAGUGACGGAAGUGUUUUAAACCAGCGCCAAAACAGACAAUGAAAUAAAAGUGUAGUAUUAUUAGGCAACCAAAUGAAUUAUAAUAUCUAUGAGAAUAUCAACCAUAGUUAGUUAUUUCUAUAUUAUGUUUUUGCUUGUGUUUUUAAACUUUACCUAGAUAUUAAAAUCUAGUAUAUCAAGUCUCUGUUAGUACUAUUAGACAUUUAGAAGACUUUACCACUAUUUCAGUGCUAGUUAUUAUUGAUUAGAUCUUGGCUCCACUGUUUACCUCUUGCUAAAUAUUUUCUCUCAGCAAAAACGAAUUGAACCAAUUCAACUAUUUUCUGUAUUUGGGGAAAGUUUGUGUCCUAUGUUUAUAAUUUCUUACCCAUAAGGCAUCACAUUGCCACUUUGUAAGUUAUUUAUAUCCAAGAAACUUCAGAAAUAGAAAACUACGUUUUGGGAAGAAUAAAUGAAAAUACGAGAAAGUUGAAGUUUAAUUGGUUACCCAGAAUAUGUACAUUUUGCUGUUUUCCUCCUUCAAAUAUUUUACUCUUUGUUUUAUUUGGCAUUGAAAUAAGAGUGUCAUCCAUAUGGUUCAUCCUAACUAGCAGAAUUAAAUGAGCUUAAGUAGCAAAUUUAUUUAAUGAUAAUUUCUUAUUUUUAGUUUUUUAAAUAUAAAUUACUUGAUAAAUAAUUCAUAAUGUUAGAGUAUUUUUUCAUGUUUUCAUAACUAUACCUGAUAACACUCUGUAGCAAAUAAAUAUUUUCUAUUGUAGUAUUCUUUCAGGUUCUUAUUAGAACUCAGUAUACGGGGGUAUAUUCCCCCACACAGGCUCCCGCACUAUCAGCAUACUGUACUGAUGGUACAUUUGUUAAAAUUGAUGAACCUAAAUUGACACAUCAUUUUUAUCCAAAGUCUAUAGUUUACUUUAGGGUUCCCUCUUGGUGUUGUACAUUCUAUGGGUUUUGACAAAUGUAUAACAACAUUUAUCCAUUGUUACAAUAUCAUAUAUAGUAGUUUCAUUGCCCUAAAAAUCCUAUGCAAAUGCAACUAUUUUAAUAGCUACCAAAGAAGUUAGUGUAUUUAUUGGUUUUAGAUAAUUACGUAACAUUCUUUAUUGUUUUAGAAAACAAUUUUAUUUUAGCGAUUUUCUGUGUUCCAUUAAUGCUUUCAAUUCCUAAAUUUAAUAUGUGAGGGUACAUCGAAAAGUUUGGGGCAAAAUAGAAUUAAAACAUAAUGCAAAUCUUUCUAUGAACUUUUUGAAGUACCCUCGUAGGUAGUCACGU